AUGGAUAGCGUUGCGAGACCAGGACACCUCAGACGACGCACCAGCAGCGCCGCCGCCCAACACCGUCGUCCCUUCUGGGCCAGGAACGACACAUCCUUCCACAUCUACAUCGACAAUGUGCGCGGCAAAACCCAGCAGUCGAAGAUGGUCGACUAUGGCGUCGAUAACUUCUCUUACGACCAAUCGCACUUGGAGCAAUGGCUCAUGCCUGAGGACCUCUCAUUGCGCCUGCCGGAAAUCCUGCGCGAGAAGGGAGGAGACUGGGAGAAGGCUGGCGCUGCACUCUGUACGACUCUGGCAAGGAUCGAGACGUCGUACUCGAGAGCUAUGCAAGCGGCAUAUCCGAGCAACCCGACCAGAUUCGCUAGGCGUGCAUCUGAGCAGGCUGUUGUCGGUGCGGAGCCGACUCCUAUCGACUCGCCCAUCGCUCCAACUCCUAUCUUCACGAUGCCAGCCGCGCAGCUGGAAAGUCUCACCCUCACCACCAGCAAAAUACCAAUCACCCACGUGAAACAGGAAAUCGGCAUGGAGUCCCCUCCAUACACACCCUUCGACAGUUUCGGCUGCGGCACCCCAGUCAUUGGGCCCAUCGCCAAGCUCACCGCCACCCUCCCCGACUUAUCACGAAUCAACACCGAGCUAUCGCCCCUCUCCAUAGCCGACAGUAUCUCCGCAGUCCUACCAGGCUUCGACGAAGUAUCUUGGGAUUAUUAUACCAAGCACUUCGCCGAAGAAAUCAAAGACUGCGAAGCCGCGGUCGCGCGUGUGAAGGGUUUCGGUCGCAUGAUCGAUAUCCAUUUGUGUGAGAUGGCGCGGGUCAUGAAGCCGGAAGUUAAGAUGGUUUUUCUUGAGUUUAAGCAGUGGUGGACGGGCCUGAAGCCGAAGAUUGUGGGGCUUGAAGAGAAAGUCGAGGCGCUUGAGGUGCCGAAGAUUGAGUUCUUGACGAUGGAGUGGGAGAUGGUUCGGUCGGGUCAGCUGGGUGGGGAUGGUGUAGGCGUGCUGGAGUCUGUAUGA